CGACCAUUUGGAGACGGAGGGGCAGCGGUAAUGAGACCGUGACAGCUCUGAAGAAUGGUUUAUUAUGACAACAAUAACUCCGCGGGGGAAUGUAACGGCUACAAGUGAAAGUAAUAAAAUACAACUUUCACUUGUAAUUGGUGCAAAUUAUGAUUUCAAAAAGGCAUACUCAACCACCUAAACAUGAUCCAGUUUCAAACUCAAUGUGCGCACUAGUGGGGUUGAAUAAACUGAUUAAUUAACCGGUUUAUGAAUUCAGUUUGAACUUUUAUUUGACGUUUAAUCAAUUCUUAAAAGAAAUUGAUGAAAGGCAGAACUCGACAAUGUCUGUUCCAGUACAUCCGGAGACCAGGAAAUUUACAAGGGGACUAAGUAAACCUGGCACUGCGGCUGAACUAAGGCAAAGUGUCUCUGAGGUUGUCAGGACCUCCGUGUUUAUUGUGAAGCCCAAAGUUAUCGAACCCCUGGACUAUGAGACUGUUCUUGUCCAGAGGAAGACCCAGAUUCUCAGUGAUGUCCUCCGGGACAUGCUGCAGUUCCCCCAGGAGGACUUCCAGAUUUCGACUCAGAGACGCCAAGGAAGAACUGUCUACCCCACAGUGCCUGAGAAUGCAGAGAAGGAGGCGCAGAGUCUGUUUGUCCAAGAGUGCAUCAAGACCUACAACACUGACUGGCAUGUCGUUAAUUACAAGUAUGAGGACUACUCUGGGGACUUUCGGCAGCUUCCAAACAAAUUGUCCAGACCAGACAAACUGGCUGUCCACGUUUUUGAGGUUGAUGAAGAUGUUGACAAAGAUGAGGACACAACCUCCCUAGGUUCCCAGAAAGGAGGGAUCACCAAGCAUGGCUGGCUGUACAAAGGCAACAUGAACAGUGCCAUCAGCGUCACCAUGAGGUCUUUCAAGAGGAGGUAUUUCCACCUAACCCAGCUGGGUGACGGCUCUUACAACCUCAACUUCUACAAGGAUGACAAGAUCUCCAAAGAAUCCAAAGGAACCAUCUUCCUGGACUCAUGUAUGGGAGUUGUUCAGAAUAACAGGGUGCGGCGCUUUGCCUUUGAGCUGAAGAUGCAGGACAAGAGCACGUACCUGCUGGCUGCCGACAGCGAGGGAGAGAUGGAGGACUGGAUCAGCACUCUCAAUAAGAUCCUACACAGCAGCUUUGAGAUCGCCAUGCAGGAGAAGAGGAACGGGGACAUCCACGACGAUGACGAGCCGGGAAAGGCAGACAGUUCGUUGGGGAGUAUGGACAGCUUUCAGAGUGCAAGAGAUAUUGAAUCUAAAAUGAGGAACGAGACCAGAUUGAAACUGUUCACCUUGGAUCCCGACACACAGAAACUUGACUUCUCAGGAAUUGAGCCAGAUAUAAAGCAAUAUGAAGAAAAGUUUGGCAAGCGCAUUUUGGUCAAUUGCAAUGACCUGGCCUUCAACCUGCAGAGCUGUGUAGAGGAGAAUGACGAGGGACCAACAACAAACGUGGAGCCGUUCUUUGUGACCCUGUCGCUGUUCGACAUCCAGAAUAGCAGGAAGAUCUCGUCAGACUUCCAUGUGGACCUGAACCACCCGUCCGUCAGACAGCUGGUGGCCAACCCCAGCAGCCAGUACAUGAACGGGGGUGGGGACGCCUUGCUGGGGUUGCAGAGGGAGGUCCACGGUCUGCCUGAGGAGGCCAUGCUGUACCCCAGACAGGGAGUGUUCUCUGUAACGUGUCCACACCCAGAUAUCUUCCUGUUAGCUCGCAUUGAGAAGGUCCUCCAGGGAGGAAUCACACACUGUGCUGAGCCCUACAUGAAGAGCUCAGACUCCACCAAGGUGGCACAGAAGGUUCUGAAAAAUGCCAAAUUGUCUUGCAGCCGGUUGGGCCAGUACAGGAUGCCUUUUGGAUGGGCCGCCAGGCCUCUGUUCAAAGAUGCAUCGGGGACGUUGGACAAAAGUGGACGUUUCUCCGCCAUCUACAGACAGGACAGUAACAAGUUGUCCAACGACGAUAUGUUUAAACUGCUGGCUGACUUCAGAAAGCCAGAGAAGAUGGCCAAGCUCCCUGUAAUCUUAGGAAACUUAGACGUUACCAUUGAUGAUGUUGCCCCUGACUUGACAAAUUGUAUUAGCUCAUCCUAUAUUCCUGUGAGGACUUUCGAUAGCAGUGAGAAGACGAACAUCUACUUUGAGGUGGAGGAGUUUGUUCCCUACAUAGCCAAAUGCUCCCAGCCGUUCACCAUCUACAACAAUCACCUCUAUGUCUACCCCAGGCACCUGAAGUACGACAGCCAAAAAUCCUUCACAAAGGCUAGAAACAUAGCUGUCUGCAUCGAGUUCAAGGACUCUGACGGAGAGGAGGCUGUCUCGCUCAAGUGCAUCUAUGGUCGACCAGGAGGACCCCUGUUUACAGAGAAUGCCUCUGCUGCAGUAUCACAUCACCAACACAGCCCAGAGUUUUAUGAUGAGUUUAAGAUUGCUCUACCCACUCAGCUCAAUGAGAAGCACCAUCUGCUGUUCACCUUCUUCCACGUCAGCUGUGACAGCAACAGCAAGGCCAGCGCCAAGAAGAGAGACGUGGUGGAGACACAAGUGGGUUACGCCUGGCUCCCUCUGCUGAAGGAUGGCAGGGUGAUCAUGAAUGAGAGUCACGUCCCCGUGGCUGCCAACCUGCCCACUGGCUACCUCAACUGUCAAGAGGUUGUCAGCAAGCAGCAUCCUGAAAUCAAAUGGGUGGAUGGAGGCAAGCCUUUGUUCAAGGUGUCCACUCACCUCGUCUCCACUGUGUACACUCAGGAUCAACAUUUGCACAAUUUCUUUGGUCACUGUCAGAGCACAGAGUCUGCAGCCCAGGGGACAGGAGGAGAGCUGGUCAAGUAUCUGAAGAGUCUACACGCUAUGGAGAGUUCUGUGAUGAUACAGUUCCUGCCCACCACUCUCAACCAGCUAUUCCGUGUGUUGACCAGUGCCACCCAUGAGGAGGUGGCUGUCAACGUCACCAAAGUCAUGAUUCACAUUGUUUCCCAGUGCCACGAAGAGGGGCUGGAACACUACCUACGAUCAUAUGUCAAGUAUGUGUUUAAGACCGAGCCAUACACAUCCUCUACCACGAGAACAGUUCACGAGGAGCUGGCCAAAGCCAUGACUGCAAUUCUAAAGCCUUCCACAGACUUCCUCACCAGCAACAAAUUGCUAAAGUACUCGUGGUAUUUCUUCGAAGCCUUAGUGAAGUCCAUGGCACAGUACUUGAUUGAGAGCAGUAAAGUGAGGGUGUCCAGGAACCAGCGUUUCUCGGCCGGUUUCCACCACACGGUGGAGACCCUGGUCAACAUGAUGAUGCCCCACAUCACCCAGAAGUACAAGGACAACUUGGACGCAGCCCGCAACGCCAACCACAGCCUGGCUGUCUUCAUCAAGCGCUGUUUGACCCUCAUGGACAGAGGCUUUGUCUUCAAGCAGAUCAACCACUACAUCCACUGCUUUGUGCCUGGAGACCCCAGGACUCUUUUUGAGUUCAAGUUUGAGUUCCUGCGUGUCAUAUGCAACCACGAGCACUACAUCCCCUUGAAUCUGCCCAUGCCUUUUGGAAAUGGGAGGAUACAGAGAUUUCAAGACCUCCAGUUGGACUACUCGCUGACAGACGACUUCUGUAAGAACCACUUCCUGGUUGGGCUGUUGCUGCGGGAGGUGGGCGGGGCCUUGCAGGAGUUCCGGGAGAUCCGUCAGGUAUCCAUCCACGUGCUCAAGAACCUGAUGGUCAAGCACACCUUCGACGAGCGCUACACUUCCAAGAGCCAGCAGGCUAGGUUGGCCACCCUUUACCUGCCCCUGUUUGGUCUGCUCCAGGAGAACGUCCACAGGCUCAACGUGAAGGAAGUUUCCCCAUUCACCAUCAACUACUCCAACAAUAAUGGAAGAGAUGAUCCACUCUUGGGCAACACCGUGAUGUUUACGCCUCCGAGGUCCAGUACUUUUUUCGACAACAGUUUGCACAAGGAUUUGUUUGGAGUCAUCUCUGGCACCGCCUCCCCUCAUGCAUCCUCUACCCCCAACGUUAACUCUGUCCGCCACACUGACUCUCGGGGCUCCCUAAUCAGCACUGACUCUGGAAACAGCCUUCAUGAGAAGAGCAACGAUAAGAACAACUCUCUGGACAAGAGCCAGCCAGCGUCAGCUCUGAGCGGCAGCCUGCUGCGUUGUGACAAGCUGGACCAGGCUGAGAUCAAGAGCCUGCUCAUGUGCUUCCUCCACGUCCUCAAGAGCAUGUCUGAGGAUGCUCUGUUUACCUACUGGAACAAGGCCUCGUCUACUGAGCUCAUGGACUUCUUCACUCUCGUAGAAGUGUGUCUCCAUCAAUUCAGAUAUAUAGGAAAGAGAUGCAUCGCAAGGAGCCAGGAAGGGGUGGGACCCAUAACAGCACAUGAGCGGAAGUCUCAGACUUUGCCUGUGUCCCGUAACAGGGCGGGAAUGAUGCAUGCCCGCUUACAGCAACUCAACAGCCUGGAUAACUCAUACACUUUUAACCACACCUAUAGCCACUCUGAUGCUGACGUGCUGAACCAAUCGGUUCUGGAGGCUAACAUCGCCACGGAGGUCUGCCUCACCGUGCUGGACACUCUCAGCAUCUUCAUCAUGGGAUUCAAGACCCAGCUCUGUUCGGACCAUGGCCACAACCCCCUCAUGAAGAAGGUGUUUGAGGUGCACCUCUGCUUCCUACAAAUCAACCAAUCAGAGACAGCCCUCAAGCAGGUCUUCACCUCGCUGCGCACCUUCAUCUACAAGUUCCCCUGCACCUUCUUCGAGGGCCGAGCGGACAUGUGUGCUUCGUUCUGCUAUGAGAUCCUGAAGUGCUGUAACUCGAAGCUGAGCUCCAUCCGCAGCGACGCCGCCCACCUCCUCUACUUCCUCAUGAAGAGUAACUUUGACUACACAGGACGCAAGUCCUUCGUCCGCACUCACCUACAGGUGGUGAUCGCCGUCAGUCAGCUGAUUGCUGACGUCAUCGGUAUCGGAGGAACCCGCUUCCAGCAGUCCCUGUCCAUUAUCAACAACUGUGCCAACGGUGACAAGACAAUCAAGAACACAGCCUUCCCGUCAGAUGUGAAGGACCUGACCAAGCGGAUCCGGACGGUCCUGAUGGCCACGGCUCAGAUGAAGGAGCAUGAGAGGGACCCAGAGAUGCUGGUGGAUCUGCAGUACAGCCUAGCGAAGUCCUACGCCAGCACGCCCGAGCUCCGCAAGACCUGGCUGGACAGCAUGGCCCGCAUCCAUGUGAAGAAUGGAGACCUGUCCGAGGCAGCCAUGUGUUAUGUGCACGUGGCAGCACUGGUGGCCGAGUAUCUCCGGAGGAAAGGCAUGUUUAAGCAGGGCUGCUCAGCCUUCCGGGUGGUCACCCCCAACAUUGAUGAGGAGGUAUCCAUGAUGGAGGAUGUGGGCAUGCAGGAUGUCCACUUCAACGAGGAUGUCCUGAUGGAGCUGUUGGAAGAGUGUGCUGAUGGCCUGUGGAAGGCUGAGCGCUAUGAGCUCAUCUCAGACGUCUACAAGCUCAUCAUCCCCAUCUACGAACAGGGGAGGGAUUUUGAGAAACUGUCUCACCUAUAUGACACACUCCAUCGUGCCUACAUCAAAGUGACAGAGGUCAUGCACACGGGCAAGAGGCUGCUGGGAACCUACUUCAGAGUGGCUUUCUUUGGCCAGGGAUUCUUUGAGGAUGAAGAUGGUAAGGAGUACAUCUACAAAGAACCCAAAUUCACCCCACUGUCAGAGAUAUCUCAGAGGCUACUCAAGCUCUACUCUGACAAGUUCGGCCCGGAGAAUGUCAAGAUGAUUCAGGACUCUGGGAGGAUCAACACUAAAGAUCUGGACUCUAAGUACGCCUACAUCCAGGUGACCCACGUAACCCCGUUCCUGGAGGAGAAGGAGCUGAUGGACCGGAAGACAGACUUUGAGAAGAGCCACAACAUCCGGCGCUUUGACUUCGAGAUGCCCUUCACCGUGUCGGGGAAGAAGCAGGGUGGGGUGGAGGAGCAGUAUAAACGCAGGACCAUCCUGACCACAACCCACUGUUUCCCCUAUGUGAAGAAGCGUAUUGCGGUGAUGUACCAGCACCACACAGACUUGAACCCCAUAGAGGUGGCUAUAGACGAGAUGAGCAAGAGGUUGACCGAGCUGAGACAGCUAGUUGCCACCAACGAGGUGGACAUGAUCCGCCUGCAGCUGAAAUUACAGGGCAGCAUUAGUGUCCAGGUAAAUGCUGGUCCCCUCGCAUAUGCCCGAGCUUUCCUCGAUGAUGCCAGCACCAAGAAGUACCCUGACAACAAGGUCAAACAACUUAAAGAGGUCUUCAGGCAGUUUGUGGAAGCGUGUGGCCAUGGCCUGGGCAUCAACGAGCGGCUGAUUAAAGAGGACCAGCAGGAGUACCAUGACGAGAUGAAGGCCAACUACAGAGACCUGGCCAGAGAGCUGUCCGCCAUCAUGCACGAGCCAAUCAUUCCAGUGGAGGAUGGCAUGAAGAACGUUCUUCCAGACUCACUGCACAUCUUCAACGUCAUCAGUGGUACCCCCAGUGGUACCCCCAGUGGUACCCCCAGCGGUGCCACCAUCAUGGGCCUGCCCAACUCCUCCUCUGUGGUGUGAGACCCACCGGAUUGGCUGACUCCUGACCUCAAACGCUCUGUGCCAGCGCUGCCAUGAGUGGCCAUUUCCUGCUUUUCUGUUCUCCUUAUCAUCAAGUUUGCUUUUGGCUAAACUGAGACAAUAUUGAUGUUCUGUUAAUUUUCUCUCACAUCUUCUCUGGCUUGUGCAAUGGGCCAGGACAAAUGACUGUGUUACACAGUUGUAUAGAGUACAGUCGCUCUGUGGAGGAUGGGACCAGGGGCAUUCAUCCAUGAGGAUGGAUGAACUAAAAUAAUGCCACAUGAACAGAGAGAAGGGGGGGGGAGACUGGUGUAGCCUCCAUCCUGACUGGGGUUCCUGUCUGUGGAGUGUUGGGGUUCCUGUCUGUGGAGUGUUGGGGUUCCUGUCUGUGGAGUGUUGGGGUUCCUGUCUGUGGAGUGUUGGGGUUCCUGUCUGUGGAGUGUUGGGGUUCCUGUCUGUGGAGUGUUGGGGUUCCUGUCUGUGGAGUGUUGGGGUUCCAUGAUGUAUACAGUGGGAGGAAGAAGUAUGUGAACCCUUUGGAAUUACCUGGAUUCCUGCAUAAAUUGGUCAUACAAUUUUAUCUGAUCUUCAUCUAAGUCACAACAAUAGACAAACACAGUCUGCUUAAACUAGUAACACACAAACAAUGAUAAUUUGUCAUGUCUUUAUUGAACACACCGUGUAAACAUUCACAGUGCAGGUUGGAGAAAGUAUGUGAACCCUUGGAUUUAUUAACCUAUGCCUAUGCCGCUCUGUACCAUCACUCAUUCAUAUAUCUUUAUGUACAUAUUCUUUAUCCCUUUACACUUGUGUGUAUAAGGUAGUAGUUUUGGAAUUGUUAGUUAGAUUACUCGUUGGUUAUUACUGCAUUGUCGGAACUAGAAGCUCAAGCAUUUCGCUACACUCGCAUUAACAUCUGCUAACCAUGUGUAUGUGACAAAUACAUUUGAUUUGAUUUGAUUUAGAGGUUAACCCUCCUUUGGCAGCAAUAACCUCAAACAAACGUUUUCUGUAGUUGUGGAUCAGACCUGCAUAACGGUCAGGAGGAAUUUUGGACCAUUCCUCUUUAUAAAACUGUUUCAGUUCCACAAUAUUCUUGGGAUGUCUGGUGUGAACCGCUCUCUUGAGGUCAUGCCACAGCAUCAGGACUGACUGGGCCACUCCAGAAGGUCAGGACUCUGACUGGGCCACUCCAGAAGGUCAGGACUCUGACUGGGCCACUCCAGAAGGUCAGUACUCUGACUGGGCCACUCCAGAAGGUCAGGACUGACUGGGCCACUCCAGCAGGCAUAUUUUCUUCUGUUCAAGCCAUUCUGUUGAUGAUUUACUUCUGUCUAUUGGGUUGAUGUCCUGUUGCAUCACCUUACUUCUGUUGAGCUUCAAUUGGCAGACAGCUAGCCUUACAUUCUAUUGCAAAAUGUCUUGAUAAACUUGGGAAUACAUUUUUCCGUCGAUGAUAGCAAGCUGUCCAGGCCAUGAGGCAACAAAGCAGCCCCAAACCAUGAUGCUCCCUCCACCAUAGUUUACAGUUGGGAUGAGGUUUUGAUGUUGGUGUGCUGUACCUUUUUUUCUCCACACAGUGUUGUGUGUUCCUUCCUUCCAAACAACUCAACUUUAGUUCAAUCUGUCCACAGAAUAUUUUGUCAGUAGCGCUCUGGAACAUCCAGGUGCUCUUUUGCGAACUUCAGACAUGCAGCAAUGUUUUUUUUGGACAGCAGUGGCUUCUUCCAUGGUGUCCUCCCAUGAACACCAUUCUUGUUUAGUGUUUUAUGUAUUGUAGACUCGUCAACAGAGAUGUUAGCAUGUUCCAGAGAUUUCUGUAAGUCUUUCGCUGACACUCUAGGAUUCUUCUUAACCUCAUUGAGCAUUCUGCACUGUGCUCUUGCCGUCAUCUUUGUAUGACGGCCACUCCCAGGGAGAGUAGCAACAGUGCCGAACUUUCUCCAUUUAUAUACAAUUUGUCUUACCGUGGACUGAUGAACAUCAAGGCCUUUAGAGAUACUUUUGUAACCCUUUCCAGCUUUAUGCAAGUUGACAAAUCUUAAUCUUAGGUCUUCUGCGAUCUCUUUUGUUUGAGGCAUGGGACACAUCAGGCAAUGCUUCUUGUGAAUAGAAAACUCCAAUUUUGUGAGUAUUUUUAUAGGGCAAGGCAGCUCUAAUCAACAUCUCCAAUCUCAUCUCAUUGAUUGGCCUCCAGGUUAGCUGACUCCUGACUUCAAUUAGCUUUUGGAGAAGCCUAGGGGGGUUCACAUACUUUUCCCAACUUACACUGUGAAUGUUUAAAUUAUGUAUUCAAUAUAGACAAGAAAAAUACAAUAAUUUGUGUGUUCUUAGUUUAAGCACACUGUGUCUAUUGUUGUGACUUAGAUGAAAAUCAGAUCAAAUUUUAUGUCAAAUGUAUGCAGAAAUCCAGGUAAUUCAAAAGGGUUCACCUACUUUUUCUUGCUACUGUAUAUGACAUCACUGGUAGUGUUUCCUGUGGAGCCGUCCCCAUAGGGAUCCUUAAAGCGACAGAAAUGUGCAUGUGAUGUCACUAGCCCUCAUCAGCUUUCUGUCGUCUCAUUUUGAUCUCUGUUUGUUUCGAUCAUUUGUCUUCUGCUCUGAACUCUUCAAGUGAUUUUCUUUGUAUUGAUGUCUUGACGAACAUUAUAAACCAGGUGGUUUGAGCCCUGAAUGCUGAUUGGCUGAAAGCUGUGGUAUAUCAGACCAUUUACCACGGCUAUUUAAAAAUAUAUAUAUACGUUAGUAACCAGUUUAUAAUAUCAAUAAGGCACCUCAGGGGUUGGUGGUAUAUGGCCAAUAUAGCACAGCUAAUGGCUGUAUCCAGGCACUCCGUGUUGCGUCGUACAUAAGAACAGCCCUUAGCCGAGGGAAUAUUGGCCAUAAACCAACGAGUUUAGUCCCCUGAGGUGCCUUAUUGCUUAAAUAUAUGCUGCAUACAUUGGCAUUCAUCUCUCUGUACAUGUACACGAAGACAUGUUAUAUUUCUACAAAGCUGCAAUUUAUUGGAAAAAUAGCCUCCUAUGAAAAAGUUAGCAUUCAACCUUAAUCAUUUAAAUGUCUUAGAAUGGGAUUUUUUUUAAAUAUAUAUAUUUAAAGCCAUUGCGUAUAAGUAUAUUCCAAGCUGUUUAUUCAUGUAUAUAAAAAAGGAGUGCAAUAUUUGUAUUUUGCAAGGUACAGUGUCUUGCUGUGUUGGGUUCAAUAAUACAUUGUAUAGAUUAUGUUCAUCCUUCUUUUCAAAGCCAUUCUAGUGUUUAUUCACAGACCUACCAUUUGAGUGUUUAUUCAAAUAUUUAAAGAAAUCGUUUUAUAUUUGGGAAGCAAUGGGUUUUUAAUUUUUAUUUAACAGAAAGUCACUUUUCUGCUGUAAACAGAAAUGUUCUCUAAUGCUUUUCUUUUCAAUAAAAUUCACUCAUUCCUCUUCA